CGGAACCUUUGAUUACAAGAUGGCGCAAGCUGUGUACGAGGUUUUGGAAGGAAUGGACAACCACACAGUGCUGGCAGUUCAAUCUCUAUUGGAUGGUCAAGGUGGUGUCACAGAUCCUAACAGCCAAGGAGUCCCCAGCACUUCAUCCAUUCCAACAAUGGAUGAUGAAGAUGUCUUUCUCUGUGGGAAAUGUAAGAAGCACUUUAACACUUUAACGAGUUUCAUGAUCCACAAGCGGGAACAGUGCCAGGCCAAUGCCACCUCCAUGACCCCCGUUUCCAGUCUGGCCUCUAUGGCCCCCACCUCUAGUCUGUCCUCCAUGGCCCCCACCUCCAGUCUGGCCUCCUCCACCGUCUCCUAUGCCUCUGUCUCAUCCGUCAGCUCUGUCUCACACAUCGCAGCAAACAGACAAGUGUCGACGUACAUCACCGUCCCCCAGUCUCCUCUCACACACACGCUGGUCCAGGGGAAUGUUCUAGUGAGCGAUGAAGUUCUCCUGUCGGCCAUCUCAGCGUUCACGUCCAUGGAUCCCCCAAUGUCCACCGCACAGAACCCCACACAGAGCACCCUGAAUAUCCACACAGCCCCAUCGUACCAUCCCCAUCCCCAUCAGCAUCCCCAUCCCCAUCCCCAUCCCCAGCCCCAGGUGGUACCCAGCAUGCUGCCCCCUCAGCCCCAGCCCCAGCCGGCGCCCCCCCAGAUGGCUCUGAGCAGCGGGGGCUCAGUGGUGCAGGUGUACAGCGCCUUGUCUCCAGUAGGGGGCGGCAGUGCUGAGGUCCACGCCCUGGGCCUGCAACCUUUCCCCCCCACUCAGGUGCCAAGCCAAUGUGUGGAGAGCCAGGCCUUCACAACUCCCCCAGUCUACAGCUUUGGGAAGCAGGGAUCAAAGACCUGCGUCACCACAAACCUCACCGACCUGUGUGAAUACGACAAAGUCAUCGUCCCCAAGCACUUAAGAAGCACAAAGAAAGACGAGCAAGUAAAGGGGAAGAUUCAGAGGUUAAAAUGUGAUUUCUGUGAAAAAGUCUUCACAAAGAAUUUUGACCUCCAGCAGCACAUUCGAAGUCACACAGGUGAGAAGCCAUUCCAGUGUAUCGUGUGUGGCCGUGCGUUUGCACAGAAGUCCAACGUGAAGAAGCACAUGGCCACCCAUAAGGUGUGGCCGGGCGGGGCAGGGGGCGCCGGCUCCAGACUGCCCAUCGCCGUUAAGGUGCUACCGCUAUCGCUAACAGGCAGCCACAACACACAACAAGCUCAACAAGACAUCGGGGAGCAGGCUGGAGGAACUGAAUGUCUAGAUGAGAGUGUGGAGCUCCACUCUGAGGGACAGCUGGAGGAGGACACAGAGGGCCACAAGGCAGCAUCAUCAUUAUUGUCCCAGGGCAGGAAUAAGAAGCUCCUCAUCGUGGACAGCUCCUACCAGUGCCAGUUCUGCUCGGGGAAGUUCAGCAACUACUUCCACCUCAAGUCCCACAUGACGCAACACAAAGACGAACAGGUGUAUAAGUGUGUGGUGAAGGUGUGCUCUCAGACCUUCCAGAAGCUGGACCUGUUCCUGGAGCACAUCCGCUCUCACCAGGACCACCUGACCUAUCGCUGCCACCUGUGCAGCAAGGUCUUCUCCUCUCUCUUUGAGCUGGGCGUGCACCAGUACUCGCACAACUUCUGUCCGCAGAAGACGCCAAGGAAAGACGUCGCCUCGCACAGGUGCAUCAAAUGCCAGAGUAAAUAUUCGUCACAGGAGUCCCUUGAGCAGCAUCUGUUAACCGCCUGUCAUAACUACCCAUGCCCUCACUGCGACAAGGUCUUCCCCUCGGAAAGGUACUUCAGAAGGCACCUGUCCACGCAUGGAAUAGGUGGGAAGUUCAAAUGUCCGACCUGCAAGAAGUUCUUCAGAACAGAGCACUACCUCAAAUUGCACUCUUUAAUUCACUCAGGAGAAAAGCCAUAUAAAUGUUCGGUUUGUGAAGCCACUUUCAACAGGAAGGACAAGGUCAAGAGACACAUGCUUAUACACGAGACCCUGAAGAAAUACAAAUGUCCUUUCAGGAAUCAUGUUGGCUGUAGUAGAGAAUUCAACAGGGCUGACAAGCUGAAGGCUCAUAUAUUGUCUCAUUCUGGGAUUAAGCCAUUCAAGUGUCACUUCUGCGAGAAGGCCUUCAGCCGGCGAGCCCAUCUGAUCGAGCACCAGUACUCGCACACCAACGACUACCGCUUCCGAUGCUCCAAGUGCAACAAGGGAUUCACCAGACAGAAGUACUUCAGCGACCACAACUGUCACGGUGUGACGAACAAGAAAGCAGGAGAAGAACUUAGCGACAACAGGGCGGCGUUGUCCCCAAGUUGGGACACUGGAGGAGAUCAGACGGGCAUGGACGUGGCAGCAACAGCAGCUGACGAACAUCUUCACGCAAACUUGCAAGACACCACGGACGCUGAAGAUGUGCCUGACAUCAUUACAAAGAUGCCUGUGGAGGGCAUGGACAUUGAGCCGCAGGACAAGGAUGAUGGUAAGGAGGAGGAGGAUGAUGAUGAUGAUGAUGAUGAUGGCCUGGGAUGUGCUGAGGACAUUGAAGCCCAAAUGUGCAAAGAGGCAACAGGGUCACUGUUGUUGACACCACUGUUUGCUGAGGCUGCUGAUGGAAGGUAGUUACAGUAUUAGGCCUCGUUCACACACGCCGCUGCUAGUUCCUCGCUCAGCGAGUUCAGUCAAUAGAAUGUCUAUAUGUUCCAGUGAGACGAGGAGAUGAGUCGGCGAGGAGUGUACAAACGAUGCGAUGUGGUCAGGUUUCGAGUUGAAAAUAUUUUCACUUCGAGCGAGGAGAGUAACCAAUUGGAAUACAGAGUGCGCCACUUCUCGUCUGUGUAGUGUCACUUAAAUCCGCGGGAAUGUUUAGCGAACGCUCCAUGAGCGAGUGGCGAGUAGGCGAGUGAGCGAGAAACUAGUAACAGGGGGUGUUCACUCAUGGAACUAGCUACUAGCCACAACUGGCUAACCCUAAUCCUACUACAGUGCAAAAUGAAUGGGUGUCAAUGGAGUUUUCUACCAUUAUGAUUUUUGUGAUUUUUUAUAAUUUUUUGUCCUGAAAUAUUAAUAUUAAGUUCGAAGCUAGAAAUAAUAAGACCCCAUUUGAGUAGCGUUUCGAUUAUUUUGCGCCACUAGAUUAUUAUAUACUGGGUCACAAAGCUCAAUUUUUAUGGGGCCAAACCCAUAAACAUUAGCGGGAUGCUAGCGAGUACAGGUUGAAAUCUUCUAACCUGCUGUAAAACUACACACCUGAACGAUUUGUCAAUACAGCCUAUUGUUAAACAACAGUCAUAGUGCUUACCAGGAAUGUUUUGUUGAUAAUAUUUGUGACUGGAAAUCGCAAUAGCAAUGUAUUUAGCAUAUGGGUUCCCAUUUCCAUUCCAUACAUUUUCCCACAUGAAGGACUGACCUACGCUCGCCAACUAGUGGACACUCCAUAGUUACUGCAGUAUGCAUGCAAAGCUAACUGGCUACAAUGGGAACCAAUCAGACUGAACCUUCUCCCUAUUACAGAUUCUCUGCUAGUAACUAGUAACUAGCAGCAACGUGUGUGAAUGUAGCUUUAGUCUUGCUCCAGACAACCGACCUAUCAGAGAAGAGGGGAGAGGCAAGGGAGGGGGCGAACGAGAGCGCUGAUGGAAGGUAGUACGUACACCUCUGGCUUGGCAUUGCCAUCCAUAAACCUCUGGUCAAUUCACAUGUUCCUCUUCGUUAUGUCUGUGUCAGGUCUUCUGGGAGGAAAUUACUUUGUUUACUUUUGAGUCGGUCUGGAGCAAAAAAGAAAAAUACACUUAUUUCUUAUAAGACGCCAUAUCUCAGGUAUGACGUUCUGUACAUUUCUGUAAAUUUGGUUAGUUUCGUUAGCUCUUUGUUACAUGAUGUCCUGUACAUAAAAAACAAACUUUUCUAUUAAAUGUAUUUUUUCUGUCUCUGAGAGACACAAUUAAGUACAAUGCCUUGUGUUUGUGUGGUAACCAAGAAGGUACCCUACCCAUUCAUCGAGUCUAAUAAUUGCCUUUUGAGAAGGUACUGCAGACACA